AAAGAUUUAAACAAAAUUGUAAAUAUUAUGAUACAAACGCUAGUUGUUUGUCAAUACCGGAUCAGGUUAUUUUUAGAUAUUUAAAUACAUCCAAUAUCAAUAUUUGUUCCUUGAAAGCAUCAUAUUACUCAUUACGUGAAAUUACCUUUCUACAUGUCUUACCAUGCAUCAUUUCAGUAAAUCAAUUAUCCUCUAACAUUAAAAUUUUAUGAUGUGUACUUUGUAAUUGACAACGACAACGAAGAAGUUAUGAUAUAACUACAGAAUUAACGUCAAUGAUGGCAGAUUCAAUUGCUUUAGAACAUGUAGAGACGCAGGAAAUUCAAGGACAUGCAAUAUUAACCAGAAGGCUCUCAGAUUAUACAACAUUCUACGGUUACAGCGCUUCAUAUACACCUGACGUAGUAAAAGAUGGUGUGAAUAAGGAUGACACCACUAAACCUGAAGAUCUUAGAACCGUCAUCAACGAGUUGAAAUCAGAUCAAGUUGUUGUAGAGCUGGAAAAUGAAAGGGACAGAUAUGAAACAAUUAGAAAAUAUGAUUUAGUAUUGUCUGAUGAUGAACAAACAGGUGCUGAUGGUUAUUUUGAAGUUAACAUUCGUGGAAGUAAAUCAGCAAACAAAAAGAUCAAAGUGUUCAUAUGGCGACCAUUACAGGAUGAUAAGCAGAAAAAGGAAGUGCCAUUUAAACCAUCCCUGUAUCUUAUUUUUGACAGUCCCGAAGAAGACGAAACCGUCAAUACAAUUUCGCUUAUGGAAGAGAUACUUGAUUUUGCGAAAAAGACGAAAUUGCCGUGUCAUAUUGUAAAACAGAGAGUUUUGUUUCACAGUGGUUAUAAAAAGACUGUUAGUAUUCACUAUAAAACAGAUAAGGAUACUAUUGAGGAACUUAUAAAGAAAGGAUUCAAUGAAUUUGAAAAAUUAGACGAGAAUAUAGAAGACGAAAUUCAUUACUUCAGACGAAUGGCAGAGUAUGCAAUUGGAGAGAAAGUGUUGCCAAUUAUUAUAUCCUUAAAAAGAAACUCUAUAAUCAAACAAGAAGUACAAAACACGGCACAAACCUACCAAAUACCUGUCAUUUACUUCAAGCCACAGAAAAACACACAGGAUGUUAAUAUAUUUUGGCCUUCAGACGGCGACGACCAAAACAAUGCAGUCAUAACAGAAUACAAAUCAGAUACUACAAAGCCUUGGCGCGUUAAAAAAAUAAAAGAGAAAAGCACACAGAAAAAAUCAUCGUCAGAUGGCAUUGUACUUCUAUCUGAGAUCCGUUGUGACCUGGAUAUUUUAGUUUCCCAUAUUGUCGUUGGAGGUAUGUACGAAGUAUAG